ACUCUUCGUUAUUUAAACAAACACGACAACAAUGAUAAUACCCAUAUCGUCAAACUUAUUAAUACAUUUAUGGUUGACAAACAUUUUUGUCUGGUAGUUGAUUAUUAUCAAGGUGGCAUACCAAAACUUCCUCGCAUAGCAAAUGAACAAUAUCGAUUACAGGUACUCCGAAAGUUGACAUGUCAACUUUUGACAGCUUUGAUGUACAUGAGGCAUAUGGGGAUUUUACAUGCGGAUCUUAAAUUAGAUAAUAUAAUCUGUACAACGGCUGCUAAUUCAGAGUUGAGAGUUGUUGACUUUGGCAACGCGAUGGGUUUGGAUGAGAUCCGUAAUUACUUUGAAACAUUUGAAGUUCAAACUCUUGCUUACAGGGCGCCGGAGGUGCUCAUGGGACUUCCAUUCGGGUUCGAAAUUGAUAUGUGGUCUUUUGGGUGUAUUGUUUGUGAAUUAUGGCUUGGACAUCCUAUAUUUUAUAGUUCGAGUAAACAAGGAAUGAUUAAAGAGAUU